GUAUAAUCGAUAGUACAGUUAUAAUGGAGUACAGCCUACAACAGACGUUUCAGUUACACAAGGCAAAGGCAAGGAAGGUAUUUCAGUGAACUGCUGCAUUUCGCUGAUCCACACUAUUCUAGGCUUGUACAAAAUUGUAUUUUUAUUACUACAACAGACAUUUCAGUUACAUAAGAAACAGGGGCCGAAAAGAUACGUGUCAUUCCCGCAUACAUUUUAGGGUUAUGACGUCUCAAUUUUUGGGAGAGCAAUGCGCUGCACAAAGCGUGGGCACUUUUAACACAAUGGUGAACACACUACUUCAAACGCUACUAGCGGCGCAAUGUGCCAUCUCACCCCCGGAGCUUUGGCCACCAGACCAUGCAGAUGAAGCACUCAAAAAUGGCUUGGACACGUAUGAUUUCGUAGUUGUAGGCGCGGGAUCAGCGGGUUCAGUGUUGGCUAGUCGUCUGAGUGAGAAUCCAAAUUGGAAAGUGUUGGUGUUGGAAGCAGGCGGUGAUCCGCCACAAGAGUCCGAAAUACCAACACUCAUAUUUUCUAUGGAGCACACAGGUGUCACCUGGAAUUACCUCACGGAAUAUAGUGAAACAUCCUGCUGGGCUUUUGUCGAUCGUCGUUGUUAUUGGCCACGUGGUAAAAUGAUAGGCGGCUCUGGUGCCGUUAAUGCCAUGUUUUAUGUGCGUGGCAAUCGCAGAGAUUUCGAUGGUUGGGCGAAGGCUGGUAACACGGGUUGGGGUUGGGAUGAUGUGCUGCCCUAUUUCGAACGGUCAGUGCAAUCCGUGGGUAAUGAUACGUAUCCACAGGGUUAUCUUUCACUCAAUAGGUUUGCAGCCGACGAUCCAGAUAUUGAGGAAAUGAUGUAUAAAGGAACCGCAGAGUUGGGUAUACCACGUGUGUUUGAAUUCACUGAAGGUAGUUAUAUAGGCUAUUCCAAUCUACCGCUUACGCUGAGCAAUGGACGCCGCAUGAGCUCAGGCAAGAGCUUUCUUGCGAAGCUUGCACAACGUCCGAAUUUGCAUGUGAUCAAAAACGCACUUGCUACAAAGUUGAAUUUUGAUGCGGACGGAAAAAGGGUAAGCGCGGUAAGUUUCAAGCUGCGAGAUAAAUAUGAAAUGACAGCUAAAGUAAAGAGGGAGUUGGUUUUGACGGCUGGUUCAAUUGAAUCACCAAAAUUGUUGUUGUUGUCUGGUGUAGGUCCAGCGCAGCACUUAAAAGACUUACAAGUGCCACUUAUACAAGAUUUACCAGUUGGUGAGAAUCUAAUCGACCAUGUGCAAGUGCUACUUUUCAUCAAAUUAAAUGAACAUGUAUCGCCAAAAUCCACGUCAUUAGAUGACUUAGACAGCACUUACAAUUAUCUCAUUCACCGUGCGGGUCCGCUGGCGACCCGUGGUACAGCUUCAAUAACGGGUUUCAUCAACACACUCAAUGAUGGCCCAUACCCAGAUAUUGAAUACCAACAUUUUAAUUUGAGACGUGGCGCCUUUGGUGGGCUACAAAUCUUUGUUGACAGUUUUAAUUUUCAAGAAGACUUCAAAGCUCAACUUCGCAAUGUCCUGGAAACUGCUGAUCUUUUGUUGGUGGGUCCAACGCUUUCAAAUCCUAAGUCAACAGGUCGUUUACAAUUGAAUGGUACGAACUACAAGUAUCCACCUAUGCUGAAACACAACUACUUUAGUGAUCCUGAAGAUAUGGCAACUUUGCUACGCGCCAUACGCUUUCAGGAGCAACUCGUGAACACCGCGGCCUAUAGAGCACUGAAUGCCAGCCUUGUGCUACCCACAAUCGACGAGUGUGACGCUUUCGAAUCGCAGAGCGACGAUUAUUGGCGUUGUUACAUUAAAUAUUUCUCUUGCACAAUCUAUCAUCAAUCGGGCACUGUGAAAAUGGCGCCCGAAACCGAUGCGACUAGCUGUGUGAAUCCACGAUUGCGAUUACGCGGUGUUGAAAAUGUGCGCGUUGCCGAUGCUAGCAUAAUGCCGAAAAUCCCUGCUGCCAAUAUAAAUGCAGCCACUAUUAUGAUCGCUGAAAAAGCAGCCGAUUUUAUACGACAGGAUUGGCAGGAAGUAUACUGAUGGCUGGUGCAAAUUUGCUAUUGUAAACUAUAACCUUUCGAAUAUCGUUUCCAUAAAAUGCAAUUGUUUAUGAUU